CUUGGCCGGAACUAGGUGAAUUGCGGUCGAUAGAGUGGAGGAAGACUGUGAGAGAAAAGGAGUUUCACGUCAGUUAUGGCCACGGCUACUGACCAGGUGGUUGGGUACGGCUUAGUAGCCUUCAGUCUGACUCUCUUUGCUUACUACACUAUCUGGAUUAUCAUUCUGCCCUUCAUUGAGAGCGACCACAUCAUUCACAAGUAUUUCUUGCCCCGGGAAUACUCGGUCAUCAUCCCUGUGGCUGCUGGGCUGUUGUUGCUGCUGUUUGUCGGAGUCUUCAUAGCCAUCAUUACAUGGAAGAACCGGACGCUCACCAAGAAAUCCGCCUGAAGGCAUCGCGAGGGAAGAGGCAUGGAGGAAAUAGGCAGGCUCUUGGCAGCAGCUGCGUUUCUUCCGGGACAAUUCAGCCCUGAGAACUAGCCGGUGGCUAGGAAGGGCAGUGGGACUCGCUAGCCUUCCCCCCCCUCCCCGGGGACCUGGUUACCAGCAUCCGGACCAAAUGGUGACAAAGCCGUUUCUCCUCGAGGGACCAAAACAAGUCUGUGCUCACCUGUUGGGAUGCAUAAAACAGUCCAGUCGCAGUCCUGGUGGCUCCGUGGCCUGUGUCCUGUCUGAAUGCAAGCACACCAUCUGCUCCUCUUCUAAAUUCCCAUUUGAGUUUCAGAUGGUUUUGCUUUAGGGGUUCCCUCUAUGCUUUUCACGGCGCUUACAAAUUUAAUAAAAUCACUAUCAGAAGGUCUAGGUACAGGGAAGCGUCUGCAAGUCUGCUUUCCCGAGGUCCUUCUCAAAAGUAGGGUGCCGGCUCCCGGUUGCCAGGGAAGGACAUCUCAUCAUCCUGCACGGACCAUUUGUUUAUCACCACCCUGCCCACAGAGACACACAAAGCAGCACUGAGCCAGACUCAAGAUAGAGACAUGCCCUCAUUUGUGUCUUCUGUGCGUACCCUCUAUAGCUUCCUUUUUUUGGUUCGUUUGGUACCCUCUCCUCCUCCCCAAUGACUAGCAAAAUUGUGGGCCCAGCUGGAAACUGUCACUGUGUGGUUGCGCCCCUUUAGACAGCACGGUCUGGAAGUAGGGCGCCUCCAUUGCCCUUGGCUAGCUUUCCAGGUUGCCAUCAGACAAGCGAGCAGAGCUUGCUUUGCCAUGCGCAGUCGUAACUUUUCUGAGCCAUCCACCUGCCUUGUUUUCAGAAGGGUUCAGAUGGCACAGGAGUGUCCCCUGUCGUUUUCCUGGAGUCUUGCCACAAGAAAGAAAGCGGGUCUUGCCGUUUUUCCAGGCCUCUGUGUGUAUGUUCUAAAUGGGGGUAAACAUCAGCCCAGAGACAUUGUUGACUCUGCUUUAAUAAGCGGGGGAGAUAGAUCAAGAUGGGUCGCCGUGUUUGUCUGUCUGUAGCAAUAGAAAUGAGCAAGAGUC